UUUAUGAGCUCCUUUGCCUGUGUCACUUGUGUCAUAUAAAAUGUAGAUAAUUAGUGUGUGUAUGUGACUUAAAUUUUUGCGUGUAAAUGUGAAGAAACAAAAUGGGAUAUCUGCGACAGUAUCAAGUUACAUUGGCAUGUUCUCUCGGCAACUUCAUCAUAGGCAUUAUUUUUGUCUGGCCAUCUUAUACUUUAAAACUUUAUAAAUCUGCUAAUACAACCUUGCUGGAUGAACCGCUGUCAGACAUGCAGAGUGCGCUGGUGGGCAGUUUACCAAGCCUAGGGGCUAUGGUCAGUACCAUGUUUGCUGGGUUCAUGCUGAACACUCUUGGAAGGCAGAAAGUUAGCUUGUGCGUUGCUAUGCUCUUCUUGCUGUCGUGGUUAUUGAUCGACCUCAGUUCAUCGGCUACAUUGCUACUCCUGUGCAGAUUUCUAUCAGGACUGGCAUGUGGAGUAUGUUUUGUCCUAGCUCCUGUAUUCAUAUCCGAAAUCGCUGAUCAAUCGAUUCGGGGAUUGCUCGCUGCUGCACCUACGGCAUUCUACUGUUUCGGCGUGUUAAUGUCAUUUGUGAUGGGCUGGACGCUGACUUUCAAGUAUAUAAUUUGGACAAAUAUAUUCAUCUGUGUGCUGUAUGCGGCUUUAAUAUUAUCAGUGAAAGAAAGCCCCGUGUUUUUGCUGAUGAAAAAUAAAGAAGAUGAAGCAAGGAAGUCUAUUGCAUAUUACAAAGGAAUGUCCGUAGACUCAAAACCAGUGCUGGCAGAAUUAUCAAGAUUAAAACAACAAUUGAUGCCAGCCUUUGAGCUUAUGACUGUAACAGCUGAUGGGAAAAUAGAUGAAGCCGAAAAGGAAAAGCUCAAUCCAGACCACGUCGAUAUUAACACAGAGAAAAUGCCGCCCUUCAAGAUGUUGAUAUUUUCGGCGACAUCAAGACGUGCGUUGACCGUUGUGGCAAUCACAAUAUCAUUUCAAGUUAUGAUGGGCAUGGUGGCCGUCCAGGUGUACGCGGCGGAAAUCUUUCAGCGUGCAGCUCCAAAGCUUUCUUCGGACAUGUGCUCUGUCCUCUUCGCUCUUGUACUGUUGUCCGGUUGUCUCUCUUGCGCGUUCUUUUCUGAUAAAUUUGGAAGAAAGCCCCUCAUCAUUGGAUCUUCCGUGGGCGUGACGCUGUGCCUCCUUAGCAUGGCCUACUUGAUGCAAACUAAUAUCGGACCAGCUUGGGUGAUCGCUGUAUUGAUCCUGAUCUACUGUUUCUCAUUCAUGUUUGGAGCUGGAUCGGUGCCUUAUGUACUGUUGGCCGAGGUCUUUUUACCAGAGGUUCAAAACUUGGCAUCAAUGCUCCUACUGGAACUUGUCUGGCUUCUCAACUUCAGUCUGGUUGGAGUUUUCCCCUUCAUGAUCAAGUUCUUAGGCGUCCACGGGUCAUUCUACUUCUUUGCCGUAUUUGGAGUAUUGGACGUCCUGGCUGGAAUAUUUUUGGUCCCCGAGACAAAAGGACUAUCGCGAGAACAAAUACAGGAGGCUUUGCAGGGGAGAAGAAAAACGUAAUUUAUGGAUUUUCUACCCUAGUUGGGUUUGUGACUUUUUAAAUUCGAUUUUUUACUAGAGGAAUACUUCCGAACUAUUACGAGUCAUAACAAUAGCUCAUCAAACACAAAAAACCUCUACAAUAUAAGAUAAAUAAUAUUAAUAAUAAUUUAUUAAUUGCAAGAAAAUGGUACAAAAUAUUAAAGUGGUACGAUUGUACGUCGAAAGACGUACGAUUGUACGUAUCGUCGUAUGUUCUGCCGCACAGAGUGGCGCGCAAAUUUAUUUUAAUUAACAUUUUACAUUAUUAGUUACAGUCAAUUCUUAUGUUAUCUGUAUCGUAUAUAUCAUACUUUAUUAAAGUAGAAGUAAUGAAUACGGAGUUAGAUUAUAUUUAUACAAUCGUGAUCAACUUAUUUUAUAUAAGAAUUUACAAUUGAACCCACAAUUAUUUAUAUCGUACCUUUAAAAAUAAAUAGUAUUUAUGGUUUUAACUGUGUGCCUUAUAUUUAAGGAUAUUGUAAUAAUACUUUGAAUAAAGUUACCUUUUGUAAAAUAAAAAUUAUGUCUUCUCUUAUUGGCGUAUUUCAAACAUCUUUAGUCUUAGUAUUAGCUCUAUUUUAAUAUUAACAUAUGUUUCUUACUAUCAAAUUGUGUUUACGCUUUUAUAAUAAGAGACAGGAAUUAUUUUUAGACGUUAAUAUUAUGUUACUUGAAAGCAUGUUGCAAUUACAAUGUCAAUCCUUAAGCGGGCAACGCAUCGGCGAUCCUCUGGCGAUAUGAAUUAACAUCAGGUUCGCCUCUAAUCUUUAUGCCCCAUUCUAUAGAAAAAAAUGUUUUGUCUCACAGUACAAUAUGUUAUAAUAUUUAAGAUAGUAGAUUACAUAUAAUAUUUAUAGUAUAGAAAAGAAAUACAGACAAAUUAUCUAAAUUGACAUUAACUGCCAGUUCUUAACGGCGUAUAAAGGAACGGCAAAAGAACUGGGAAUUAAUCACUGAUUGUGUUCCUGAAUCAGUCUAUUGCUUUUUUGUACGUCCAUUGCAGCAGUUGAAAAAAUGCUUUUAUUACCCAUAGUUUUUAGUAGUUAAGACUUUUUAGAUUAAAUUUUGCAUUUAUAUUCGAUAUUUUAGAAUGAGUUGUGAAAAAAAGGCGUUUCCUUACACCUUUUUUAGAUGAUUAGAAAAGCUACGCCAAAUAAAGAUAAUUAUAACCA